UUUACCGGAACAAUACAGCCUGAAAUUACUAGUUUGCAAAGGCUGCAAUACCUUUGGCUGGCUGGUAAUUCCAUUGGAGGAAAAAUCCCAUCAAAUAUAUAUAUCAAGUUGUUAUAGUCUUAUUGAUUUAACCCUUGAAAAUAAUAUAUUGGUUGGAGAAAUCCCAACUACACUUGGUUCUCUUCCACAUUUGCAAUACAUUUAUUUGUCAAGAAACAAUUUGAUUGGUAAAAUUCCUUCAUCUCUAGGGAACUUAUCUUCCCUCACUGGCCUCUCCAUAGGUGAUAACAACUUGGUUGGAACGAUCUUACAUAGCCUAGGCAAGCUAAGGAACUUUGCGCAUCUAUCUUUACACGACAAUCAGUUUACCGGAGUAGUCCCGCCUUCAAUCUUUAACCUCACAUCAUUAACAAGGUUAGAUUUAGGACAAAAUGAGUUACAAGGAACCCUUCCUUUGGAUGUAGGCAACACUCUUCCAAAUAUUUGGUGGUUUUCCAUAUGUGAUAAUCGAUUCACCGGACAUAUUCCAGCUUCGAUAUCUAAUUUCUCAAAUCUAGAAGUCCUCCAAUUGUGUUUGAACAAUUUUAAAGGACAAGUUCCUUCGUUGCACAAGUUAGUAUAUCUUGAAGACCUUGUCCUUUACGGAAACUCCCUUGGGUAUGACCAACUAGGAGAUUUGAACUUUGUAUCUUCCCUAGCUAAUGCCACCAAUUUAGAAUGGUUUGAGAUUAAUGAAAAUAACUUCGAAGGAGUGUUUCCGAAACUCUUAUGUAAUUUCUCUAUGCUAACUGUUAUUGAAUUAGACAACAUUAACUUACUUGGAGAGAUUCCAAAUUGCAUCGAAAAAUUGGUUAAAUUGCAAUAUUUCAGGGCCGGAAACACAUCACUUUCCGGGGACAUUCCUCAAGGGAUAGGGAAGCUCCAAGAUCUUUUCUUCUUAGAUUUAGGUGAUAACCAAUUAACUGGGGUAGUUCCAUCCUCAAUCGGAAACUUAACUAUGUUGUCUCUUCUUCGCCUAUCCAAUAAUAAUUUGCAAGGAGAAAUACCCUCAACUCUUGGAAGUUGCAUAUAUCUAACACGAAUAGAUUUUUCUAAUAAUAAUCUUAGCGGCGAAAUACCCAUUCAAAUAUUUACUCUACCGUCCCUGUCUAUCACACUGGAUUUAUCUGGGAACCACCUAACUGGCUCUCUCCCUGAAGAAGUUGGUCAAUUGAUGAAUCUUGGUAGCCUUGAUGUGUCGCGUAACAUGUUAUUCGGCCAAAUACCAAGCUCUCUUGGUAAUUGCCUGUCAUUAGAGUUUCUAAACAUGGGGAGAAAUGAUUUUCAUGGUCUGAUUCCUGAUGCAUUGAAGACAUUAAAGGGUCUCCUUUUGUUAAAUUUAUCAUACAACAAGUUAUCAGGUGAAAUCCCAAAGUUUCUAGCAAGCUUCAAAUUGCAACAGCUUGAUCUAUCACACAAUAACCUUGAAGGAGAAGUGCCCAUUGGUGGUGUCUUCAACAGUGCAACAGGUGUUUAUUUAAGUGGGAAUAGUAGGCUAUGUGGAGAUAUACCUAAGUUGAUGUUGCCCCAUUGCAAUUUCAACAGCGAAAUCAUGAACAGAAAAUCGCGGCUUAAGAUGAAAUUGAUUGCAAUACUUUCUGGGGUUUUUGGAGUUAUUUUUCUACUGGGUUUACUUCUGUUAGUAUUCAUUAUCAGGAGGAGAUUGAGGAGUAGUAAGGAACCCACGGUUUUGGAUGAUUCGGAAAAGUUUCCAAAUUUGUCUUACCAAACCCUUCUGAAAGCUACUAAUGGAUUCUCCCCAGAAAAUAUGGUUGGCAGUGGCACAUUUGGGGUGGUAUACAAGGGAAUUCUUGAUGAGGAUGGAUCAACAGUUGCCAUUAAGAUCUUUAACCUUGAGUAUCGUGGUGGUUUAAAGAGUUUUAUGGCGGAAUGUGAGGUCCUUCGAAGUAUCAGACAUCGAAAUCUCCUUAAAGUGGUAACAGCUUGUUCAAGUGUUGAUUACCAAGGCAGAGAUUUUAAGGCUUUGGUUUAUGAGUUCAUGGAGAAUGGGAGUUUGGAAGAUUGGUUGCAUUCAAGUGAUUCAAUCAAUAGGAACUUGAAUCUUUACCAAAGAGUUGAUAUAGCAGUUGAUGUUGCAUCUUCUUUGGAUUAUCUUCAUCAUCAGUGUGGUGCUACCAUUGUUCAUUGUGAUCUUAAGCCCAGCAAUGUUCUUCUUGAUGAUGAAAUGGUCACACAUGUGGGAGAUUUUGGAUUAGCAAAGUUCCUUCCUAAAGGCAUCAACAACUCUCAUGCAAAUCAGUCGAGCUCUGUUGGAGUUAGAGGAACUGUUGGUUACACUCCUCCGGAAUACGGUAUGGGAAAUGAAGUGUCUACAUGCGGUGACGUCUAUAGUUUCGGGAUCCUAUUACUGGAAUUGUAUACCGGAAAGAGGCCUACUAAUGACAUGUUUAAGGGUGACCUAAGCUUGCAUAGCUUCGUAAAACAAGCUUUUCCUGAACAUGUGAUUGAGAUUCUAGAUAGUGGCCUUCUUGAAGAUAUAGACAGAGUGGAGAUGAACAGUAGCAUAAUAUUGGAAGCUUUAACUUGUAUACUUGAAGUUGCACUCUCAUGUUCAACUGAUAUCCCAGCAGAAAGGUUGGGGAUGAGUGACGUUGUCUCAAAGCUAUCAUCGGUUAAAAAUAAGAUCCUUGGAUCUCGUUUACAGCAGCGGAGGAGAAUUCAAACAAGUACAUGAGGAACAUAUAACCGAGUUCACAGCUUCAGUUACUUCUCUCAAAAGAAAUCAUGAAUUAGCACGAAGCUCUUUGGGAAUAUGAUUCAAACAGAGGAAUAAUCUAGCAGCCUAGCAAGUAUGAUCACUAGAUGAUAAUAAUGAAUAAGAGUAAGAUUAUUUUUCUGAUAGCAUUGUGAUUUGUGAGCUAAAACCUUAGCUUCUAGCUAUUGGUUGUUAGUUUCUUUCUUUUAAGACACAAAUUAUAAGAUGUCAUGGUAGUUGUAGUAAUGUAGUCAAUUCUACAAAGAAACAUUUUUCUUAAUUGGGUGAUGGAUUUACUGCAAAUGUAUUUUCCUACAUGUAUCUUUAUCUUUUUAAUUUUAUGGAUUGAGUAAUGUUAAUUUGUAAGUAUCAGGAGUUUAUAUUCCAUCAUGUACUGAAGUCUGGAUGGCCUAAUGUAAUCAAACUAUCAAAAGGAAAAGGCAAAUUAGACAUGAAUUAGGACAGAAGAUAUGAUAGAUAGUUUCAGUUGGUGGUUCGAAGCUUUUUGGUUAAAUCUCACAAUAUGCAGGAUACCAUCUAAGGAACCUGCAGGAGCUAUACAAGUAAAAAGAAAUGUAUUACAAGAUUUUGGCCACCGUGUCUUCAAACAUUGCAUUGCUUAUUGACUAUAUGACUAGUUGCCUCACCUAGCUACAAGGGGAUAUCCCGUCUAUUACUCGUUAUCCCAACAUUGUUACUACAGUCUAAAGAACAACCGAGUAUUCCAGACAGACAAGGUACACGAUUCAGAAGCCUGAAGAAAUUGCUCAAAAC